AUGGCUAAUGUACAUAUAUUACAAGACAUCAACUCAAAAGGAUAUCGGCUUGGAAGUACUAGGGAAGUGGAACUUGAAGAAGCUUUACGUGAUAGUUGUAUAACCAAUUCUGAACUUAAUAAGAAUUUUAAAAACUACCAGAAAGCAUAUUCAGAGUUUAAUAAGAUCAAGCAAUUGAGUUCAGAGAUAGAUACUUUAACAUUUCAAAAUAACCAAUUACAGAUUUCCAAUGCUGAAUAUGAAGUCAAAAAUAUCAUUCAUUUGAAAAAAAUAAAAUCAUAUCAGGUUAUGAUUAAAAUAUUAAAGAGUAAGUUAGCAUUAGCUCAAAAAGAUGCAUUUUCGAUUCAGGAAAACUUAUCAAAAACAGAAUCUGAGAAUCUAUUCAUUAAAUUUAAAAUGGGUGAGUUUAAACAAAUAGAAGUUGAAUUGGAAUGUGUGAGAAGCAAACUUGAUCACCUGAAAUCAGAGACUAUAUCAAAAUCUGUAGACUCUUUGGCUUGCUCUGCAAUAAUUGGUGAAACUGACAAAAAAAAUGUAAUCAUGCCUGACUCACAGACGGUUAGCUCUACACCCGAGUUUUUAGCCGAAGGCUGGCUCACGUCAAAGAUCGAUAUAUCCCUAGAUGAUAUACAUAUAAGUUUUGAUAUGCCAUUAAGUAUACCCAAGAGUGUGACUUCAUAUCUUGCACAAUAG